UACUACGGAUUGCAGAAAUGUCAAUCUAUAUUCAGCAACAAAGAGAAUUAUAAUAUGUUCAGCAAUCAGCUGAAUGAAAUCACUGAUGUUUAGCGAGUGGUGAUUGCACCACAUUAAUGAAUAAUUAUUAUCUAUAAUUGUGGUUUACAGUUUCUGUAUAAUAAAAUUGCUAUUCAUAAUAUCAAAGAGUAUUAGACUCAACACGAAAAUUCUAGUGUAACUUCAUAUUGAUAUUUUAGUGCUAACCAUGCACGGCCGAGUGAAAGUAAGAACUUCUGAAGAAGAAAAGGCACGAAAAGAUAAAGAGAAACAAGAAAAGCUGAAAGUUUUUAAAAAUGCUAUGCAAAGGAUACAAGAGAAGAGAAAAAACUCUGAGUUGGACAAAGAAUUGCUUGAACUCAGUGGAAAGGUAUUAUCAUCUAAUCCUGAUAUCUAUACAUUAUGGAAUAUAAGAAGAGAAAUAUUGAACAUUUUUAGGAAAGAUAUUGAAGGUGAAGAGAUGUCUCAAAUGUAUGAUGCAGAGCUACAUUUAACUGAAUACUGUUUGAAAGUUAAUCCAAAAUCAUAUUGCGCAUGGCAUCAAAGAGAAUGGGUGCUUACCACCAGAGCAGAUCCUGAUUGGAACAAGGAAUUAUCUUUAUGUAAUCUCUACCUCAAGUUAGAUGAAAGAAAUUUUCAUACAUGGGAUUACCGAAGAUUUAUUGUCAGCCAGUGCAAGCCUCCUCUUAAAGGGGAAUUUGAUUUCACUACUGAGAAGUUGUAUGACAAUUUCUCAAAUUAUUCUGCCUGGCAUUAUAGGAGUAAAAUGUUAGUAGAAUUGUAUCCUGAUUUACAAGGAGGAAGACCCAUAGAAGACAGCCAUCACAAGCAUGAGUUAAAGAUGGUACAAAAUGCUGCAUUUACUGAUCCUGACGAUACUAGUGCUUGGUUUUACCAGAGAUGGGUAUUAGGUGCUGUUAAAACAACAAUAUCUUUAGUGGUCUACACAGUCACACCAUUUAAAACUACCUUUGCAUUUAGUAAAGAUGUUAAUGAAGAGUUUGUUAUGUCGAAAACACGUCUAUAUGUAAAUAAUGAAAUAGUGACUGGUGAAUGGAAAUCUUGUGUUGGUAAUCAAUAUGACUUGCUGUGGAUAUUUGAUCAUACUACCCCAAUUAAAGAUGAUCUUGAUGUCAAGGUCGAGUUUGAGAAAGAAGAUAAAUGUACUCAAAUAAUUCCUUGUACAAAAUAUGGGAACUCCACAUACAUAGGCAAGAAUGAAGUAAGUUUUCAGAGGCAAUAUUCGCAAGCUGUUGUUGAAGAAUUAAAUAAUCAAUUAGAAUCCUGUCGGCAAUUGUUAGAAAUGGAACCAGAUAGCAAAUGGACUUUACUUACUACCACAAUUGUUCUGUAUUGUAUUGAUGCAAAAAAAUAUCAUAAAGAGGUGAUAAAAAAUCUGCAUCUAUUGAAAGUAAUUGAUAAACUGAGGGCAGGUUACUACGACGAUUUAAUAACAAAAUGGAGCAUUGAGGAGCAAUUGUGCUUAGAUUUUAAGACAAAUGAAUGUAGGUUAUUCAAAGUAGCUUUUGAUGAACGUAUUUCAUGCCUCCCACAUCUGCAGUAUUAUAGUUACUGUGAGGAAAUUGAUUUGUCUAAUCAAAACUUGUCAUCAAAGAUAUUGCCAUCUUUAGUUGUGCUUCAACAUUGUAGAAAGUUAUCCUUGGAAAACAACAACCUUACAACAUUGGGAAACUUCCCUUCCUUGGAUUUAAGAGAGCUCAAUUUAAAAGGGAAUGUUAAUUUAGCCAAAAAUGAAAUUGAAAUGCUUAAAGAGAAAUAUAAUUAUAAGAUUAUUUAUUGAACCAUAAUCUAAAAUAUGUAGUACCUGAUUAAUUCAGAGAUUUAAAGUAAUAUACAUAGAUUAUGUAAAAGAACACUUACAAUAUUUUUGCACCUACAAUAAGUUUCUUUGUACUAAUUUUAUAUGAAACACUAAUGGUUGAUUCCUAUAUAAGAUCUUAACAGCUACUGUCCGAUAUAUAGCAAACAUGGACCAAUCAGAAUAAAGUUUGUUAACAUGCCUACAGAUGAGUUAUUUUGUUAAGGCGGUGCUCCCAGCAAAAUGGCGCGCUAAUCUUAUUUCUGUAAGAUAUCUAUUCAAAAUUUAUAAUACAUAAACAAAAAAUUAAACCCCAUAUUUCAACUAUAUGAUUUUUUUUACUUUUUAACCUUUUUUUUAGUGAAGAUAUCACGUAAUUAGUCCCAUAAAUGCCACUACAUUUGUUGAUUUGGUGCAUCUCCUAAAGUGAUCAUCAUUUUAAAUUGGAACCAAUACUAUUAGGUAGACAAUUAAAGAACACCAAAAUUCAGUUUUUUGAGAGAAUUAUUCGUAAUUUGGUACAUUCCCCUUUCAUCACUCGUGCGCCGUAAAUGUAUGGUAUGAAUGCUUAAGGUAAUUUGCUCGGAGGAGGGCCUUAACGCGUAGCUAGCGGUUGGGAUUAUUUAUUGGAAUCGACCCUAAAACUAUGAAAAAUUAUCUUCACAAAAAGUGAGAUUCAAGAAUAUAAUUAUAAUGGGACCAAUUCUGCAAACACUAAUUACAUAUACUAUUAAUAAGUUGCUAAACUGAUACUCUCUCCAUGGUGUAUAACAAUAAGUAAUAUAAUAGUUCAUUCUUAAAAUGGCCCUAUAUUUUAUGCUUACAACUACAGUAAAUAAAUUUACUCUAAAUUUUACAAUCCUCUCAUUGAUUACAAUCAACUUCAUUGAAGAUUAUUUAACAGAUGUUUUAUACAAUGAUUUACUUUAUACAUUAUCUAUAUUUCUAUCGUGUUUAAGAAUAACUGCAAUGAACAUACACCAAACUUGCAAAAAAACGUUUACAUAGAUAUUUAUAAAAAUAUACUGUGUCUUUUGCAUACAAAUAUUUUUUUUCUUAACAUCCUAUUAUUGCUAUUUAUUAAAUGGGCACUAAGCUGUAUAUUUGUCAGUAGCACAGCAAGCACCAGGGGCGUCGGAGAAUUUAGUGGCAUUCCUAUUUGUACCAGAAUGUGUAAAAAACAUAUAAUGUUUCUACAUAGAUUGAAUAUAGUAUAUAUUUUUCGCAAAUAUUAUAGUAGCAUAGAUCACUUUAAUUAUUUUAGAAUGAACAAGAUGCAUGAUGCUUUCUCUCUCACUUUAUGCAUUGUGAUUUAGCAGGAAUAAGUGGAUAGAAAGCAAAUUGAUUAUAUUAUUGAGUUCUGAAAUUUUGUAAAGAAGAUAUUGGGAAUGAAGCAUAAUUAGAAAAUAAUAAUGACUACAUUCAUUCUAUGUCUGAAACCAAACCCACAACUAAUGUAAAAUAUCUAGAAUAUAAUACAUUACUAUUAGUGUAACUGCGUUUAAAACUGACAUUAAGAUUAUUAAUGAUAUUUGUAAAUAAAAAUUAGUGAAAGGUAUCCAUAAACAUCUUCGGUGGAGCCCCUGUUGCACUUUUUUCAGCUAUGAAACUGUGCACAAUUAUGAACACCUCAUGUACAAUCACAAAAAAUAGUCUUCAUCAAAUUCAUGUUUUCAGUUUGCACUAUUAAUCACUCAAAUUUUAAUGUAAGUAAUAAAGAUAUUGAUGAAUUUA